GUCUCUAAACAAAUCUAUCACCCAAACAAACUUUCCAAUUUUCCUUUUCUAAAACAUUACCGAACUCCCAAACACACCUCUAAAUUCUGAUCAGCUGACAAACAAAAGUAGGAGGAGAGAGAAAUAGAAACGCCGGCCGCCGUCUACGGCGGAGAACGAACUCCGAGGAGUAUUAAAGAAGCGGCACUCUUUUGUUUACACCGUCAAGCUUCGAGGAUGUUCUUUGACCAGUACAUUUUCGGAGGUGUGAUAGCCUCGCUGUUGGCCGUGGCGUUUCUAUGGACUCUUCGAUCGACUAAAAAGAGAGAAGAUAAGUAUUCGCAGGAGGAUGACGUUUCCGGCGUAACAACCACCUCACCCGUGGGUGAAUGCAGAUCCGAUGUAACUGAUUCGGACGUUAUCAUCGUAGGCGCUGGCGUUGCUGGUGCCGCUCUUGCUCAUACCCUCGGAAAGGAUGGAAGGCGAGUUCAUGUGAUAGAAAGAGAUUUAACAGAGCCUGAUCGUAUUGUUGGUGAACUUCUACAACCAGGAGGAUAUCUUAAGUUAAUUGAUUUGGGUCUUGAAGAUUGCGUGGAAAAUAUCGAUGCUCAGCGUGUGUUUGGGUAUGCUCUAUUCAAAGAUGGGAAGAAUACUAAACUUUCAUACCCUUUGGAGAAAUUUCAUGAUGAUGUUUCUGGGAGAGGGUUUCAUAAUGGCCGCUUUAUUCAGAGAAUGAGGGAGAAAGCUUCUUCUCUUCCCAAUGUGCAGUUAGAGCAGGGCGCUGUAACCUCCCUUGUUGAAGAAAAUGGAAUAAUAAAGGGUGUGAGGUACAAGACCAAAGCUGGAAAGGAGCUAUGUGCGUAUGCACCCCUAACAAUUGUAUGUGAUGGUUGUUUCUCAAAUUUGCGUCGCUCUCUCUGCACACCUAAGAUAGACCAGCCUUCAUGUUUUGUGGGGCUUGUUCUGGAGAACUGUGAACUUCCUUAUGAAAAUCAUGGACAUGUUGUUUUAGGAGAUCCAUCCCCAAUCUUGUUCUAUCCGAUUAGUAGCACUGAAGUCCGAUGUCUUGUUGAUGUACCAGGAGAAAAAGUUCCGUCUGUUGCUAAUGGUGAACUGGCCAAGUAUUUGACGACUGUAGUGGCUCCUCAAAUACCUCCUCAGUUGUACAAUGCCUUUGUCGCAGCCAUUGAUAAAGGAAACAUUAAGUCAAUGCCGAACAAGAGCAUGCCAGCAGCUCCUCUUCCUAAGCCUGGGGCAUUACUAAUGGGAGAUGCAUUCAACAUGCGCCAUCCUCUAACAGGUGGAGGAAUGACUGUAGCUCUGGCUGAUAUUGUAUUGUUGCGAGAUCUUCUGAGGCCGCUAAAGGACUUGAAUGAUGCACCUAAUCUCUGCAGAUACCUGGAAUCCUUCUACACUCUGCGAAAACCAGUGGCAUCUACAAUAAACACAUUAGCAGGUGCUUUAUACAAGGUUUUCCGCGCCUCCCCGGACCAGGCUAGAAAGGAAAUGCGUCAAGCUUGCUUUGACUAUCUAAGUCUUGGAGGCAUCUUUUCAAAUGGACCAAUCUCUCUUCUCUCUGGUCUGAAUCCGAAGCCAUUGAGCUUGGUUCUUCAUUUCUUUGCUGUUGCCAUAUUUGGGGUUGGCCGCUUACUACUGCCCUUUCCCUCUCCUAAACGGUUAUGGAUCGGAGCCAGAUUGAUUUCUGGUGCAUCAGGAAUCAUAUUUCCAAUCAUAAAGGCUGAAGGUGUAAGAAAAAUGUUUUUCCCUGCCAUAGUUCCUGCAUAUUACAGAGUUCCUCCUGUGAAGUCAUGACCUUUCUAGUUUGUUGAUGGGCCUUCACAGUUUGUUGGUGCCACCAGAACAUACUCAGAUUAUUGUCUCUGUAUCACCGUUUCUUUUCUUCGUCUGAAAUACCAGACAACUUUGGAUUGGAAGGUGCAAUUUUGACGUGUGUUAUCAUGAUUGUGAUGUUUAAAUUGUAUAUAUGUCAAGAUGUACAAGUUUAGGGCAGAAGAUAUUUUUCAACUGUUCUUUUCUCAUUUGGAUUUUAUCAGAUGAUGCUUUUUGGAAUAUCCAAGACGGGAAAAACAUGGGUAAUACUUCAGUGCCUUAGCAGAACGAUCAAAUGUAAUAAUAUGAUCAUUCCUUUAGUAACUUUGCUUAAAUCAAUAUAUACGUGCCUUGCUUGUUGUUCUUUA